CCAAAUAAUCCAACCCAUCUCACCAAUCCUAGUGUAAUUUCAGCAUAUAACACACACAAAUUAGCCAGCAAGCAAUGGCAAGCAGAAGCCAACAAUGCGGCGGAUGUGGAGUGUAUCAUCAUAUACCACCACACUUUCAGUCCUUCUGUUGCCCUGCAUGUCGGGCCAUCACCUGGGUUCGACCGUAUGAAGCUGGCGGUCUUGUUAACAUUGUUAACAACACCAUGCCUAUUGUCCAAACAGAAACUUAUCCCGCACCUCGACCGGCGUUGCCUGCUCCUCCGGCUUAUGGGAAGAAAAGGGCUGUGCUUUGUGGAGUGAGCUAUCUUCAAACUACUUACAAGCUCAAAGGAAGCAUCAAUGAUGUUCAGCGCAUGAAGUAUCUUCUCGUUGAGAAGUUGAAGUUUCCUAGCGAGUGCGUAGUCACGCUUACAGAAGAAGAGAGAGAUCCAAUGAAGAUUCCCACAAAGCAGAAUAUCCUGACAGCCAUGCGAUGGCUGGUACAAAAUUGUCAAGCGGGAGAUUCCCUAGUGUUUUAUUUCUCGGGCCAUGGCCAUAGGCAGAUCGACUGCAGCGAAGACGAACCUGAUGGGUUCGAUGAAGCACUGUGUCCUCUCGAUCACGCGACUGAAGGACUACUUGUUGACGAUGAAAUCAAUGAAACAAUCGUAAGGCCGCUGCCCCAUGGGGCCAAACUUCAUGCUAUUGUUGAUGCAAGCAACAGUGGAACUGUUCUUGACCUACCACUUAUUUGCAGGAUGAAAAGUGAAGGAUUUUAUGAGUGGGAAGAUCAAACAUAUGGGACACCGAGACCUAUUUACAAAGGAACAAGAGGUGGCCUGGCCGUCUGCUUCAGUGCUUGUGAUGAUGACCAAAGCGCAGCCCGAACUCCUGCUUUUACUGGCAAAAUGGCAGGUGCCUUGACUUUUAGCUUCACUCAAACUGUUCACAAUGAACCUGUAUUAACGUACGGUCGCUUGCUUAAUGCUAUCCGCUCUUCAUUUCGGAAAAACAACCAGUCGAAUCAGGAGCCUCUCUUGACAUCAUCUGCGCGAUUUGACGUUUAUUCAAAGAAAUUCAUACUGUAAUAUGUUUUUGUUUUUAAUUAGCGUGUGCGGGCUUUAUGCCUAGCCAGUCCUCUUUUUCUGAAUCGAUAAAAUAACCAGUGAGGGUACCAUUGGGGACUAUUGUACUGCAAUGUUUUUAUUUUCCUAAAUAAAUAUUAUUAUUAAAUAAAGAUAGCGAAAGUAUCAGCUUUUCGUUUA